GGACUCACCGGGAGGUUCUGGUUCCAGAGACGAUGGUCGCUAUGGAGCGCCGGGUUCUGACCAAAUGAGACGGAAGAAUGGAGCGGGCGAACAAGGACCACAUGACUGAGAGAGAGAGAGAGAGAGAGAUCAGGAGGUCAGACCACUUCAGUCCCUGACUGUUUCGGGGAUUAACUUCAGUUACUUGUUCUGGUCCCUGGUGCCCGGGUCUUCAUUCCUGCAGGCUAACGCAGCCCAGCUGAAGUCGGCUUUUGCUCAUUGUGCUACAUGGCAAAAUGGCAACAACAAAAGUUGUGUCCAAGUGGCGGUGUGUCCAAAAGUGUCCUCCGUGUGGACGGUUCACCCUGGACCCACAUCCCUAGAGCUGCGGGUUCUCUUCCCUUCACUUCAACCAUCUCUGCAGAACCGAGAGACGUGGACUUUGAUGAGCAGGACGGCAGAAAAGUUGAGUGAAGACCAGGUUUUAACAUGGCCGAGAGACGAAACUGUGGGUCCACAGACCCAAAACUGGACUUCCUGAACUACAACGACCUGGUCUGUGAGGCGGUCGGAGGAAAGGUCAUUUUUGCCACAGACGAGUGGUUCGCUCCAGCCGCCAACCUGCUGAAGACUUCUCCACCACAGUUCGUUGUCGAUGCCUUCACCAACUUCGGGAAGUGGAUGGAUGGUUGGGAGACGAGGAGGAAGCGGACACCAGGUCAUGACUGGUGCAUCAUCCAACUUGGUGUUCCAGGACUGAUCCACGGCCUCGAUGUGGACACAUCCUUCUUCACUGGAAACUACGCCCCCUACAUUUCAAUCCAGGCCACGUGUUUGGACCAGGCCCCCACCUUUGUGGUGGGCGGAGACAGAACUGGUAUGGCGGCCUCCCAGCAGGAGCUGGCUGCUGUAACCACGUUGCACUCGGAGGCGUGGCCAGAGCUGCUGGGCGUGUCUUCACUGAAACCAGGAUAUAAAGAUGUUUGUCACAAUUAUUUUACUGUUAGCUUCAAAAACAGAGUUACACACCUGCGAGUCAACCUGUACCCAGAUGGGGGGGUCUCCAGACUCAGGGUCUACGGGGUGGGUGUGAGGGACUGGACCACUGUCUCACCUGACCAGGACCUGGACCUCAUGGCUCUGACCAAUGGCGGGGUCUGCCUCAGCUACAGUGACGCCCACUUUGGACACCCACGCAAUAUAAUUGGUCCAGGACAGGCUGCCAGCAUGGCCGAUGGAUGGGAAACUGCCCGUCGUCUGGACCGACCCAGAAUACUGAGGCCGGACCAGCAGGGAAUUCUGCAGGUUCCAGGGUGGGAGUGGGCGGUUUUCCGUCUGGGGUUUCCUGGUGUCAUCAGCAGGGUCGAACUGGACACCAGCCAUUUCAAAGGGAACGCUCCAGACUCCUGCAGACUGGAGGCGUCUUCCAUGAGUCCAGAGGACGAGGCUCAGGCUCUGAGGACUGAGUGGAACUCUGUGAAGUGGGAGGUUCUAAUGCCACCCCAAAAACUCCGCCCUCAUCACGUGCACGCGUACACAGACACGGAGCUCACACUGAAGCAACCCGUCUCUCACAUCCGUCUCAUCAUCGCCCCUGACGGAGGGGUGAGUCGUCUUCGUCUGUGGGGACGUCCCGUCUUGGAGACAACAGCUGCGGCCAGACGAAUGGCAUUGUUGUCCAAACUGUGAGACGCUGAGACGACGUCAACACGAACAGGAAGUGAGCGCCUCAUCUUCACCUCCGUGGUCUUUAACACAAAACAACGUUCUUUUCUAGACUGGGUUCAAAGCAGUGACGUGAGGUCCAUGAUCAGACCAAGACACUACAUACUCUAGUACAGUAGGUGGCAGUAUGCUCCUACUGUACUAGGUUGUAACCAGUGACGUGCGGUGAGGUUCAUGCACCUGGUAACGGUUCACAUCAUAUAUAUAGAACUGGACAGAUAUUGGUGAUAUGCUGAGGAACAGAAACGGACGUGCGUCAUGUGACCCAGUUUGUACUGGAUCAGCAGUCAGAAGUGAGGCACUGCCUCACCCACUGCCUCACCCAGGAUUUCCGUCCUGUAUUUGAUAGCGAAAUACUCAAAUUUGUCAAAAUAUUAAUAUUUCUUUUAUGUACGUUUUUUCUUCUUUAUCAUGAUGGAAGGUGAGGCACUGCCUCCCCUGACCGCACGUCACUGGUUUGAGCUGAUGCUAACUCAGCUAAUCCACGGAUUAUUCCCGGGUUCCGGUUGUAAAAUUUUGAGAAAAUUGAGAAAUAACAGCAAGAUCAUAAAAUGAAAAUGAACGUCCGCCUGAAAA